AUGUCAGUGGAACGUUUGAUGGUUGAGUCUCGGCGUUUGGACGAUGAGGAGGAAGAAACCGAGGAACUGUUUCGAAAGAGAAUGGAGGUGCUGCAGAAGGCGCAGGCUGAAGUGAAUGAGGCGCUUGCGAAACUGGAUCGUGUCCGCAAGGCUAAGCGGAUGGUGUUCAAAAAGGGCCGCAAGGAGACUUUGGUGGUGGCUGAAGAGGAGGGGGCAGCGAGUCCUUCCCUUGUUGAGUCUUCCUUGGUCCUUGAGGCGCGGUCGGUGGGCGCUUUUGGUGCGAUAGACCUGGAUACCGUUCUUGGCGAUUGGAAUCCGGGCACUCCAAACUUUUUAUCGGAGGCGCCUUAG